CUCUCGCCCUCCAUCGCUUUCGUAUAAUCCGCAUUUGGAUCAACGUUAUCGACGCAUUAUUUAGCUGUUGCAUAUUGAUCACCAUUGUCAACAUUCUUGUCUACAUCCACGCGCGCCUACGCAUACACAGUACAUCCAAGCUCUCUUAAUGCCGUUCCGCGAAAGAAUCGCGCGGCGGCUGAAUGACAGCUUAUCGCCUUCACCUUCGCCGUCCCAGCCAUACCUGUCAUAUUAUGAUAUACUUCUGACAUAUGAAGAUGUGAAAGCCCUAAGAGGCGACUGGCUCACAGACAAUAAUAUUGCGUUUUGGGAAGAGUUUCUGGAGCGCGAAGUGCUUUCAAAAUACCCACAAGCCCAUAUCGUACUUCUUCGACCCUCAAUGACCUUUCUGUUGAUGAAAAAUAAGGAUACCGAAAGCGUGCGGGCUGCUCUGCCGAACUUCAGCGGUAUCACACACAUAUUUUUACCUAUUAAUGACAAUCGAAAUGUGAACCAGGCGGAAGGGGGGACCCAUUGGUCCCUUCUACUAGUGAGCAUAAUUGACGGCGUGGCUUUCCAUUAUGACUCUUGCGAUGGCUCCAACAACAACGAGGCAUGGGAAGCCACUUGCAGGCUGUCUCGGGUUCUUGGCAGGCCUAUACGUUUUCAUCGUUUACUUGAGUGUCCUCAGCAAGAAAAUGGAAGCGACUGCGGUGUCUACGUCUGUAUCAUCAUGCGCCAUCUAUUAGUUAAGCGCCUUCUUGCUGUUAACGCCGGAGAAAAAAUCUCAAUGAGCAUGGCGCACAAGGCAAUAGACAGCGGCGGUGCAAGGAAAGAAAUGUUGAAGAUCAUUGAGAACUUGCGCAAAGAAGGAGAGAGGCGGCGGCAUACACCAGGUCAUACCCCUCCCCGAAUUGACUAAUAGCGGCCCUCUCUCGUUACGUUAACUUAGGAACUCCAAUGUGCAUCAUCUAAUACUGCAUUCAAAUGCCGCCCUCCGCAUCGUCCGGCUUUCACUUAGAGAGCAACUCUGCCUCUAUAUUUGUGUUAAUUAAUCAGCAUACUCUACUGCAUCUUUGUUAACAGUACUUGCAAUGACAACCAGCUGCGUUGUAUUACUCCCAAAUAUCACCGGGUAGGAAUACAGAACCGUUAUUCACAUUAAACAGACGCUGCGGUCCAGAGAGUCUAGAGAAAGGGUGUCUUCAAAUGGAACAGCUUGCGCCCUCUACUGGACAAUGAAGGCUCUUUCGGUUCUUGCAUGGACGACUAAGAGUCUGG